AUGGUCAAGGACCUCAAAGAUGAAUUGCGUCCUUUAAUCCUAAAACAUUCUGAGGAAGUACGAGAAUUUCGUCAAAAACAUGGCAGCAAAGUUGUGGGAGAAGUCACUAUUGAUAUGAUGUAUGGCGGUAUGCGUGGUAUUAAAGGCCUUAUCUGCGAAACUUCAGUGCUGGAUCCAGAUGAAGGUAUUCGUUUCCGUGGACACAGCAUCGCAAAUUGUCAACUGGUAUUGCCAAAAAUACCUCGUGGUGAAGAACCGUUACCGGAAGGUUUGUUCUGGCUGUUAGUGACCGGUGAAGUGCCUACUGAUGAUCAGGUCAAAGCUAUCUCUAGAGAAUGGGCAAAGAGAGCUGAUUUGCCCUCACAUGUUGUUACUAUGCUGAAUAACUUUCCGCCUACUGUGCAUCCAAUGGCACAGUUAAGUGCAACACUUACAACACUUAGUAGUCAAAGUCAUUUUGCUAAGGCAUACGCAGAGGGCAAACCUAAGAAAUUAUAUUGGGAGUUUGUGUAUGAAGAUGCAAUGGAUUUAAUCGGUAAACUACCAAUUAUAGCUGCUACUAUUUAUCGUAAUUUAUUCCGUGAUGGUUCACCAGUUUGUCCUAUUGAUGUUAAAAAAGACUGGUCUUGGAAUUUCACUGAUAUGCUGGGAUAUGAUGAUCCUAUGUUUACAGAACUGAUGAGAAUGUAUUUGACGUUGCUCGGUGAUCAUGAAGGUGGUAAUGUAUGUUCACAUACAUGUCAUCUAGUUGGCAGUGCACUGUCAGAUCCAUAUCUCUCAUAUGCAGCAGGUCUAAAUGGUCUUGCUGGACCACUCCAUGGGUUAGCAAGCCAGGAAGUGCUCUUGUGGUUGAACAAGCUUCAACAAGAUAUUGGAGUUGAUGUGUCUGAUGAGGAGAUGCAUGCUUUUAUCUGGGAUACUCUUCAGUCUGGACAGGUUGUUCCUGGUUAUGGUCAUGCUGUGCUGAGAAAGACAGAUCCACGUCAUUUGGUACUACGCGAGUUUGCUUUGAAACAUCUCCCAGAAGAUAAACUGUUUCGUCUUGUAUCACAACUGUACAAAAUUGUUCCAGACAUCUUGAUCGAACAAGGAAAAGCAAAGAAUCCAUGGCCCAAUGUGGAUGCUUGUAGUGGUGUAUUAUUCACACAUUAUGGUAUGACAGAGAUGAGUUAUCAUACUGUACUGUUAGGAAUCUCUCGUGCACUUGGUUGCAUGGCAUCAAUGAUUUGGUCAAGAGCAUUGGGCUUCCCCAUUGAACGUCCCAAGUCAAUGAGCACAACAGGUCUUAAAAAACUUUGCCAUUCAAACUAG